CAUUGUAGGCGGAAAAGACAGAAGAUGCACAUCAAAUCAAUUAUCGUAGAAGGUUUCAAGUCCUACGCCCAGAGGACGGAGAUAAAUGGCUUUGAUCCCCUUUUUAAUGCUAUUACCGGACUAAACGGUAGUGGAAAAUCAAACAUUCUGGAUUCCAUCUGUUUCUUGCUCGGGAUCUCUAAUUUGACUCAGGUGAGAGCCUCUAAUUUGCAAGACCUUGUUUACAAAAAUGGCCAGGCUGGCAUUACAAAAGCAACUGUUUCUAUCACCUUUGACAACCAUGACAAAAAGCAGAGCCCGCUGGGAUUUGAGGCACAUGAUGAGAUAACGGUGACCAGGCAGGUGGUUAUUGGAGGCAGAAAUAAGUAUUUAAUUAAUGGAGUAAAUGCCAACAACACUCGCGUACAAGAUCUUUUCUGUUCUGUCGGUCUCAAUGUCAACAAUCCUCACUUUCUUAUCAUGCAGGGGCGAAUAACUAAAGUCUUGAAUAUGAAACCUCCUGAGAUUUUAGCAAUGAUUGAAGAAGCAGCUGGAACCAGGAUGUAUGAAUGCAAGAAACUUGCUGCCCAAAAAACAAUUGAAAAAAAGGAAGCCAAACUGAAAGAAAUACAAACGAUUUUGGAGGAAGAAAUCACUCCAACUAUACAUAAACUCAAAGAAGAAAGAUCUUCCUACUUGGAGUAUCAGAAGAUCAUGCGUGAGAUUGAGCACUUAAGCCGACUAUAUGUUGCCUAUCAGUUUGUGUGUGCCGAGGAGACAAAGGUGCGCUGUGCUGAGGAGCUGAAAGAAAUGCAGGAUUCUAUACUCAAACUACAGGAGACAAUGGCUGAGAAUGAGAAUAAAAUCAAGGAGUUGGCGCAACAAAUUUCAGAGAUCGAGAAAAAGAGAGAUCAGGAAGUUGGAGGACAGUUGCGCUUAUUGGAAGAAACACUUGCUGAGGCUCAGAGAGCUGAUGCCAAAGCACAGAGCACCUUAGAUCUCAAGAAGCAAAACCUGAAGGCUGAAGAGAAGAAACGCAAGGAGCUAGUGAAAAGCAUGGAUGAGGAUGCCAAGACACUGGCUGCCAAAGAAAAAGAUGUUCAGAAAAUAACAGACGGCCUGAGCGCUCUUCAGGAGGCAUGCCAAAAGGAUACAGAGUGCUUCACUGCGGCCCAGCAACAUUUCAACGCGGUCUCUGCUGGGCUGUCCAGCAAUGAGGAUGGAGAGGAGGCCACCCUGGCUGGGCAGAUGAUGACCUGCAAGAAUGAGAUUAGUAAAGCAGAGACAGAGGCUAAGCAGGCCCAGAUGAAACUAAAGCAUGCCCAGCAAGAGCUGAAAACCAAGCAGGCUGAAGUCAAGAAAAUGGAUAGUGGCUAUAAGAAAGACAACGAUGCAUUUGAAGCUGUGAAGAAGAACAAAGAGAAACUUGAAGCCGAAAUGAACAAAUUAAAUUAUGAAGAUGGGAAAGAGGAAAUACUUCUAGAAAAGCGCAGAGAGCUCUCCCGCAAUGUGAACCAUCUUAGGGAAGCGUAUGAGUCUCUAAUGGCACGAUACUCCAACCUAAAUUUUGAAUACAGGGAUCCAGAAAAGAACUGGGAUCCAAGUCGUGUAAAGGGCCUUGUUGCCUCUCUGAUCUCUGUUAAAGACGUAUCUACUGCGACUGCGCUGGAAGUAGUGGCUGGUGGACGUCUGUAUAAUGUGGUGGUGGACUCGGAGGUCACUGGUAAAAAAUUGCUGGAGAAGGGAGAACUGAAGCGCAGGCUUACCAUCAUCCCGCUAAAUAAAAUCUCAGCUCGACGCUUGGGAGACAAUACUGUUAAUGUAGCUAAAAGCCUGGUAGGUGCUGAGAAUGUGCAUUUGGCCCUUUCCCUGGUUGGGUAUGAAUCUGAACUAGAAAAAGCAAUAGAAUAUGUCUUCGGGACGACAUUGGUUUGUGAUACAAUGGACAAUGCCAAAAAAGUAACCUUUGACAAAAGGAUAAUGACCAAAACCGUGACACUUGGAGGUGAUACCUUCGAUCCUCAGGGGACGCUCAGUGGAGGUGCCCGUUCCCAGGCUCCAUCAGUGUUGUCAAAGGUACAGGAGGUUAAAGAUGUCCAGGAUGAGCUGAAACUGAAGGAGACAGAGUUGCAAGCAGUGGAGAAAGAACUGACCGCCAUGAAGAACACUGCUGAAAGAUACCGGCAGUUGAAACAACAAUGGGAAAUGAAGUCUGAAGAAGCAGAUCUCCUCCAGACCAAACUCCAACAGAGUUCCUACCACAAGCAACAGGAAGAGCUGGAUGCUUUACAGAAGACAAUUGAGGAGUGCGAGGAGACCUUGAAGAAAACAAAGGAGAUCCAGCAAAAGGCCGAGGAGAAAUUCAAGGUGCUGGAGCACAAAAUGAAGAAUGCAGAAGCAGAGCGUGAGAAAGAAUUAAAGGAGGCACAGCAGAAACUGGAUGCUGCAAAAAAGAAGGCGGACGUCUCAAGCAAGAAGAUGAAAGAGAAGCAACAGGAAGUGGAUGCCUUAGUUCUUGAACUAGAAGAACUCCGGGGAGAGCAGGCUACCUACAAACAGCAGAUUGAUGCUGUAGAUGAGGCCAUGAAAGCGAUUCAGGAGCAAGUUGAAAAUAUGUCCUCGGAGGUUGCAAAAAAUAAGGAUGUUGUCAAAAAAGCCCAGGAAGAUUUGACCAAGCAGAAGGGGAUAAUUAUGGGACACGACAAAGAAAUUAAGGCCAAGUCAGUGGAGGCCUCCAAACUCCGAGAAAAUAACAAUGAGUCCCAGCUAAAGAUCAAGGAGCUGGAACACAAUAUCAGCAAGCACAAGAAGGACAGUGCAGAUGCUGCAGCAAGGGUUGCCAGAAUGUUAAAUGACUACGAAUGGAUCGCUUCGGAAAAGCAUCUCUUCGGCCAAGCAAACACUGCCUAUGACUUCAAAACCAAUAACCCAAAGGAAGCGGGUCAGAGGCUGCAAAAAUUACAGGAGAAAAAGGAAAAAUUAGGGAGGAAUGUCAACAUGAGGGCAAUGAACAUGCUGACACAGGCAGAAGAAAGGUACAACGAUUUAAUGAAAAAGAAAAGAAUUGUUGAAAAUGAUAAAUCCAAAAUCUUGACCACCAUAGAAGAACUUGAUCAGAAGAAAAACGAGGCUUUGAAUAUUGCAUGGCAAAAGGUCAACAAGGACUUUGGUUCCAUUUUUUCCACCCUGUUGCCAGGGGCGAAUGCAAUGUUGGCACCCCCGGAGGGGCACACGGCGCUAGAUGGCUUGGAGUUCAAAGUUGCCCUUGGGAACACCUGGAAGGAAAACCUGACAGAACUAAGUGGAGGUCAACGAUCAUUAGUGGCCUUAUCCCUAAUUCUUGCCAUGCUGCUUUUUAAACCUGCUCCAAUUUACAUUCUUGAUGAAGUUGACGCUGCAUUGGACCUGUCUCAUACUCAGAACAUUGGACAGAUGCUGCGCACUCACUUCAGACACUCACAGUUCAUUGUGGUGUCGCUGAAAGAUGGUAUGUUCAACAACGCCAAUGUCCUCUUCAAGACCAAGUUUGUCGAUGGAGUGUCUACAGUGGCUCGGUUCACGCAGAAUCAGAAUGGGGGUAAUGCAGCUUCACAGCAAAAGUCCAGAUCAAAGGAAAAAAGGAGCCGUGAGCAAGUUGAGGCAUAACAGAUUUCAUUGUUUAUAAGACUUUUUAAAAUAUGGAACGUGUGCCUUUCUUUUCAUAGCAAACAAUUAAUCUGUACACCAUGUUUUAUUUAACAGCUUUAACAUGUCUGCUUUCCCCCCAUCCCUA